GCCUUUUCCCGUGUUGCUUCUUUUGAAACAUCACCCACAUGGCCAUAAUGGCUACCUUCUCUUGAUUCUUGUUGAAACCGUAUCAGACUAAGCCUGCACGAUGGUGGAUGUUGGUAAGAGGCCUACCAUGAACUUCUCUGGUGGAGGCAUGCCUAGGAGAGUGGUGGACUACAGUGGAGGCGCUGUCAGAAUGCUAGAGAACCGGCUCUGGCAAAGGGACAAGCGGGAUAUGCCCCUAAUCCAGCCAGACUCCACCUCAUACGCUGAGCUAGUUCUCCCGCAAGGCCUUGUUGAAUCUCCAGUGAAUGCAGUCACCACAAAGUUUGUGCGUGCCGUCUCCAACAAAGUCCGUUGUCCGAUAUUCUGUACAGCGUGGGUGCCAGAUGGGAGAAGGGUGGUAUGUGGAGCACAUAGCGGAGAGUUCACCCUCUGGAACGGUAUCAACCUCACCUUUGAGAACUCUCUACAGGCUCACGACACUCCAGUGCGCAGUAUGCAGUGGAGUCAUAAUGGAGUGUGGAUGGUAACGUCUGAUGACAGAGGGUUUGUCAAGUACUGGCAGUCUAACCUGAACAAUGUCCACACCUUCCAAGCCCACACCGAACCUAUUCGCUGUACCAGUUUUUCCCCCACUGACGCCAAGCUGGCCACCUCCUCUGUGGACGGAACUGUCCGUGUGUUUGACUUUAUUCGCUGCUCAGAAGAAUUCAUUCUCAGAGGCCAUGGUGCUGAUGUGAUGUCAGUGGACUGGCACCCGAGGAAGGGACUAUUAGCCUCAGGGAGCAAAGACAACCAACAACCGGUCAAACUCUGGGACCCCAAGUCUGGGCAAAGCGUCGCCACAAUCCACGCUCACAAGGCUGCCGUUAUGAGCGUCCAAUGGAAUGCCAACGGUAACUGGCUACUGACGGGAUCACGUGAUCAUCUUAUCAAGCUCUUUGACAUACGAACCAUGAAAGAGAUGUGUACCCUCAAAUCACACAAGAAGGAAGUUAAUGUGUUGGCAUGGCACCCGGUACACGAGACACUGUUUGCCAGCGGAGGGUCUGAUGGUGCUAUUCUCUUCUGGGAAGUUGGUAACGAGCAUGAGAUAGGUGGUAUGGAGGCCGCCCAUGACUCGUUUGUCUGGUCCCUCUCCUGGCACCCUCUCGGCCACUUCCUCGUGUCAGGGUCCAACGAUACUACAAGCAAGUUCUGGUGUCGCAAUCGCCCUGGAGACGAGAUGAAGGAUGGCUACAACUCUCUAGUCAGUGCUCUCAUCACGUCUGCUGAUGCUGAAGACUACCACAAUAUGGGCAGGCCCUCGUUCCCUCGCGCUCAUCGUGGCGCCACGGAUGCCAUCGCUCUACCUCCACCCUCACAACAAUUCCCCUCCUCCUUCGACAAUGCUCCCAACAGUCUACCCAACUCCACAGAUGCUGCAUCCAAGAACACUAACCUUGCCGUACUGGGCGCUGAUAUUAUUGCUAAAACAUUUGGAGACAGAAAAAACGAGCCACAAGAAAGCAAAGGACAGUUUACUCCAACUGGGCAAAGACAGUUUUUCGGGCCUGAUAAAGGACAGCAACAAUUUAGACCACCCAAACUGGAGCAACCCAGCACCCCCCCUCCACAUGCACAAGGCCUGUUCCGACCACCGCCCCCUCCAAAUUUCCCCGGGAGAGAAUUUGGACGCCCUGAAUUUCGAUCACCUACUGGUGGAGGCCCCUCUCCGUUUAGUUGGCAACGCUCUGAGUUUGGUGGUGGACACCCAAACAGAAGACCUUCAUUCGAAGAAGAGACUAAUAUUCCACAGCGAGAGCCGCCAAGAAAUCCGUAUGUGUAUAGGAGACCGGAUAUGGAGCCUCCACGAGAUGGCCGUGAUCCACGCAUGAUGUCCGGAGGUGACCCUCGUAGAGGUGGAGGACGAAGACCGGACUGGGGUCCUGAAGCACCACCCACUUCCGGACCACCCCCUUGGCAAGGGGGGCCUCCUCCAAUGAGAUCUGGUGAAGAGCAUCCACCACCACCACCAAGGGACAUGAGGGGACCACCACCUCCUCACCAGCGACCUGAUAACUGGUCGCCAGGGGGAGACCGUCGCCCCCCUCUGCAAUUUCCCGAUCAAGGCCCUCCUCCGGGUGAACAUAGACCCCCCGAACAUCACGCACGGCCACCUCCAGACCCAAGAGCUCAGCCGAGAUCUCAGUCAGAGCAGUUUCAACCACAUCAUCCACAGCGAAACGAUUCCAGACCGCCAUCUGGGGAGUUCAAUCGACCGUCUCCUCAGCAACAGCAAGCCGGCACACCCCCUUCUCAAGAUCCAAGGUUUCCUCCGGGUCGUCAAGGACAACCGUACGGAGCACGUGGGGGGCCCCCACCUCCAGGAAGGCCUCAUUAUGAGGGGGAGUAUCACCCCCCACCAUUCCAAGGCGGACAACCACCGUUUCACUCAACUGGUCCUCCAGAUCCAAGACGUCCUCCGCCACAGGAACACGUGUACACUCGUGGUGGUAGACCCCCUCCCGAGAUGCAACAAGGCCCCCCACAGCAUCAACGAGGACCGCCAUCUCACGAAGGACCUCCUCCACCCUUGAUGCAGUCACAUGAUAGACCACCUCACCGUGAUCGAUCUGGACCCCCACAAAGCACUUCUCCAAUGGGCCCCCCACACGGACAAGGUCCCCCACAUCAGCAGCCGCCCCCUAAAAUGGGCCCCCCACACAAGCAGCCGCCCCCUCAAAUGGGCCCCACACACGGACAGGGUCCCCCACACAAGCAGCCGCCCCCUCAAAUGGGCCCCACACACGGACAAGGCCCCCCACACCAGCAGCCGCCCCCUCAAAUGGGCUCCACACACGGACAGGGUCCUCCACACCAGCAGCCACCCCCUCAAAUGGGCUCCACACACGGACAAGGCCCCCCACACCAGCAGCCGCCCUCACACGGACAAGGCCCCCCACAUCAGCAGCCGCCCCCACACGGACAAGGUCCCCCACACCAGCAGCCGCCCCCUCAAAUGGGCCCUCCACACGGACAAGGCCCCCCACAUACAAUGCCCCCUCGCGAUGGCCCCCCACAGCAAGGAGAUAGACCACCCUAUACUGGACCACCUCGCCCUCACGAUGUUCCUCCGUAUGGUGGACCCCCCACACAGCACGCCCCCCCACAUGACAGAUCCGCACCGUUUCUAGAUAGACCGCCUCCCGAGCCUUAUAGAGGGGGACCUUCAGAUCCAAGAGCUGGCGACCCGAGGGGGCACCAAAGAAGUGACAAUUUGAGACCCCCAGAAGGAAGAGGGGAUGGUGCUCCAAGAAGAGGUGAUCCAAGAGGUUAUCGUCAGUCCGCCCCACGUUCAAGGGGGCGUGGCUUUCGUCCGCCCCCUCACCAUGACAACUGGAGCGGACGAGACCCAAGAGGAGGUAGGGGCAGAGGUCACGACCCCAGAGGAAAUGACGGGAAUCAGAUGCCCCCCACUAAACGUCCAAGAGAAUGAACUAAAAAUGAACUAACAAUAACUGAACCCUAUUAGCAAUUAUUAUACUGUAUGUACUGUAUAAUUGCUAUAAUUAACUUGUAAUUAAUAUUAUUUUCGCGAA